AUUAAUUAUCAAACGUCAAACUGCUUGUACGAAAAGUUUGUUAUUACGAUGUCUGCGGCAGCGAAAGUAGCUAGAGCUGCAAAUAUUAAGAAGAUAACACCUUUAAUGAAUCGAGUACUAAUAAAAAAAGCAGAAGCAGAGACUCACACUGAGGGUGGUAUUAUAUUACCUGACAAGAACAACGUAAAGGUGCAAAGAGGCACUGUCGUCGCCGUCGGUCCUGGAAUUAGAACCGAAAGCGGACACAUCGUGCCCGUUAAUGUUAAUACCGGAGAUGAGGUGAUUUUGGCUGACUAUGGUGGUACCAAAAUCGAGCUGGCUAAAGACGAGGUAUAUUUUAUGUAUAGAGAUCAUGACAUUCUGGCAAAAUUGACGGAUUGAAGCUGACGGUUUCCUUUUGCAUUUAUUCAUCGGUAAACUAUUGAUAAAUUAGUCUUUGCUAAUUUGGUAUACGUUUGUAACUUGAUAAAUAAAUAAAUAGCUAUUUCUCU